GGGGACAUUUAGUGAGGAGCAGUUUUUUACCAAUCACACCAUUCAAAAGCAGCCAACGGAGAGCUGAGGUCUGGUCUGUGUCCAUUACUGCCCAUCAGUCUUUCAUCACACCAAGUUACCCAGCAUCAACGCGACCACCGUCAAAGCAGAGGGUCAAAUGGCUUCUUUUAGUAUCAAGUCGGUCCUGAUCAGUGAGAGCGUGGACCCUCGCUGCAGGACCAUCCUAGAAGAAAAUGGCAUCCAUGUGACGGAGAAGCAAAACAUGAAAAAAGAGGAGUUGAUAACUGAGAUAAAGGAUUAUGAUGGCCUUGUUGUUCGGUCUGCAACAAAAGUGACAGCUGAUGUUAUAGACGCUGCCAGCAAUCUAAAAAUCAUUGGAAGGGCUGGAACUGGUGUUGAUAAUGUGGACGUUGAUGCUGCUACAAAAAAGGGCAUUAUUGUUAUGAACACACCAAGUGGCAACACCAUCAGUGCAGCUGAGCUCACAUGCGCCCUCAUUAUGAGUCUCUCAAGGCAUGUCCCUCAAGCUGCAAUGUCAAUGAAAGCUGGGAACUGGGAUCGCAAAAAGUUUAUGGGUGCUGAGUUGUAUGGAAAGGUACUUGGAAUUGUAGGGCUUGGGAGAAUAGGAAAGGAAGUGGCCUCAAGAAUGCAGUCAUUUGGGAUGAAGACCAUCGGCUAUGACCCAAUCACCCCACCAGAGGUUUCUGCCAGCUGGGGGGUGGAGCAGAUGUCUUUGGAGCAGUUAUGGCCCCAAUGUGACUACAUCACUGUACACACACCACUUAUGCCCUCAACUGUUGGCCUCCUCAAUGAUGAAACAUUUGCCAAAUGUAAGAAAGGGGUGAAGGUUGUUAACUGUGCACGUGGUGGCAUCAUUGAUGAAGCGGCACUGCUCAGAGCUUUGGAGUCUGGACAGUGUGGAGGAGCAGGGCUUGAUGUCUUUGUUGAGGAACCUCCAAAGGACCGUGCACUUGUGAAUCAUCCAAAUGUAAUUGGGUGUCCACACCUUGGAGCCAGUACUAAAGAAGCACAGGCACGAUGUGGGCAAGACAUUGCAUUACAGAUUGUGGACAUGGUUAAUCGCAAAAACCUGAUUGGAGCUGUAAAUGCCCAGGUUUUGGCCAGCACAUUCUCCCAAGAAUCUCAAGAAAUGAUUACAUUUGGGGAAGCUAUUGGAAAAGUGUUGCAGGCUUGCACUACUUCUAGGAAACCAUACAGUAACCUUCAGAUUACAACUGAAGGUGACUGUAUGAAGUCCUGCUCUGGUUAUAUGGCUUCAGCUGUACUGGUGGGAUUGCUUGGAAAUGAAUCUACCAGUAUUAACCUGAUAAAUGUACUGAACCUCGCCAAGGAUUUUGGAAUGCAGGUGACCCAAAGACACAUCACAUCAAACGGUGUUGGUGGAUCAUGUGAAGUGGAGAUCUCGGCUGAUGGUUGCAUCUUUAAAGCCACUGGGUCUGUUCAAAGUGGUGUUCCUGUACUGUUGAAGCUGAGUGACAGUGUAUUUAGACAGCCUGCGUCUCUCACCGGCAAUCUGCUGUUCUUCAAGUCCUCAGCCAAUCCUCAACUUCUAUCAUCAGUGGCUGGGGUGCUUGUCACAGAAGGAGUGCAGAUUGAGUCCUUCAGUGCCCCUGUGAACCACAUGGGGGAGCAGUGGUAUUGUGUCGGGGUGUCGAAGCUGCUCAAAGAUCUUAAUGUUUUGAAACCUUUAGUUACAGAAGCAGCUCAAGUCACCCUUUAGGCUUUAGCCUAUAACUUUUAACAUGUUGUUUCCAGGAAACUAAUACAUUGGAUUCAUGUUAAUUUUAGCAGUGGACCACUUGAUGUUUACAAAAUGCUUGUUUGUGAAGUUCCAGUAUUCAGGUGUUUACGUUUUGGCAAUGCAAGUCAAAUGUUAAUGUCAUAUACAAUAGUUUUUUAAGCAGAAAUAAACUAAUAAGAAACCAUA